CCCCCGCCACGGCGGUGCCUGGGGAAGUGCUGGCCCGGCGUGUCUCCACCCCGCCUUGCAGGCAGGAGUGUGCUUCUGGGGGGAUAAGGACAGGCUGAGGAAGACAGGGACCGAGACGUGCCUCUCUUUGCCCACCCUUCUCCUCCCUGCCUCAGAGCUGCUCCAGCCCCAGGGUGUUUUUUCCCUGUCCCUGUCACCACCGGUCCCUGGCCCAACAUGAUACUGACCAAAGCCCAGUACGACGAGAUAGCCCAGUGCCUAGUGUCCGUACCGCCCACCAGGCAGAGCCUGAGGAAGCUGAAGCAGAGGUUCCCCAGUCAAUCGCAGGCCACUCUGCUGAGUAUCUUCUCCCAGGAGUACCAGAAACAUAUUAAAAGAACACAUAGCAAACAUCAUACUUCGGAGGCGAUUGAAAGUUAUUACCAGAGGUACCUGAAUGGAGUGGUGAAAAAUGGAGCUGCCCCAGUGCUCCUGGAGCUGGCCAAUGAGGUGGAGUAUGCACCCUCAUUAAUGGCUCGGAUUAUACUGGAGAGGUUUCUACAAGAACGUGAUGAAACUCCACCCUCCAAGUCUGUUAUAAAUAGUAUGCUACGGGACCCUUCCCAGAUUCCAGAUGGAGUUCUAGCAAAUCAGGUCUAUCAGUGCAUUGUGAACGACUGCUGUUAUGGACCAUUGGUGGACUGCAUCAAACAUGCCAUUGGACACGAGCAUGAAAUCUUGCUGAGAGACUUGCUUCUGGAGAAAAACCUGUCCUUUCUAGAUGAAGAUCAGCUCCGUGCAAAGGGUUACGACAAAACACCAGACUUUAUUUUACAAGUACCAGUUGCUGUAGAAGGGCACAUAAUUCACUGGAUUGAAAGCAAAGCCUCAUUUGGUGAUGAAUGUAGCCACCACGCCUACCUGCAUGACCAGUUCUGGAGCUACUGGAAUAGGUACAAAGAAAGAAGAGGCUGCAGAGUGACCUCAAGACUGGAUGUCCCUAAUGCCCCAGUUUCCUGGAUUUGGGCCAGGCUUAGUCAUCUAUUGGUAUGGAUUUAUCCAGGAGCUGGACUGCAACCGGGAGAGGGGCAUCCUGCUCAAAGCCUGUUUUCCCACAGACAUUAUCACCUUGUGCCAUAGCACCGCUUGACCCCACAGAUCCUGGAAGAGAAGUUGGGCGGAAGAGGUGAAUCCGGAAGCAAUUUACUUUCCUGCAGUGUAAACUCCUGGCAACAUCUGCCCUGAACUUCAGCUGAACUCUUACUGCAUGGCCACGCCACUACCUCUCUAGACAAACAUAUCAAGAGUUUCUGUUUUCCUUCAUCCCUUGCUGAUGCAAGCAGCCAAGAACUACAGACACAACCCACUCAUUAUCAGCAUCUCUGUCUCUGUCAAACAGUUAGUUUAUAGAUAGUCAUAAUCUUUUUUCCUUCCAGAUGGUUUCUUCUUGUACAGUGAACAAAGGAAAAAACGUGGAGACUGAAAGGUGUGAUUUUUCAAUUCUCCCAGCCACCUUAUUUUUUUCCCCUAAGCCUCCAUUCAUCGUCUCUCCUUCCCCCUUUCCUUUCAUACAUGUUUCCAGAUCCCCAAUAAUAUUGUCAUCGUGGAAUAACCUAGAACAAACCUAGAAAAACUGAAGGUGGGAAGCUAGACAGAUGUUCCCUCUCCCCUGCGGGGCUUCAGCAUCCCUGGACCGCAGCCUGCACUGCUCCCCAGCCCUGUGCAGCCUGCAGUUUCCUGGUUUCUGUGGCACAGGGCCAAACUGCAAAAAUACACUUGAUGAGAAUUUCCGCUUUUGAUAAGGCUUAUUUGAACACCAAACAUUUUACAUUUAUAUCAUUUAAAAGUAUUAGUUAUGUCUGGAAAUCACACUUUGGCCUAGGGGUAAGAGAAAGGAUUGAAACUAAUGGCCCAUGCUGUCUAGAGUUUAUCUUUAAACAUGAUUAGUUGUCAGUACCAUGCUAGCCAGUAUUUUUGUGAAUAAAAAAGCACAUUCUGUAGUAUACUGCUUUUUGUAUCUGCAUUUUAUAGUGCAUAAUUAUACAACACUCAAGUAAUUUAGACAUUAGAAAUGUUUGGCUUUGAAUGAAUGAAUUAAAUGUACCAAAAAUAAACCUAGCUAGAUUUUUACAUAAGCAAAAUAAAGUAGACUUUAUAUUUGUUCACAUUAAUUUAUUCACUUCUACGUACUAUAGACCAGACUUCAAUCUAAAGGAAAACAUCAAUAAAUAAUAAAUAUAUCUUUUGAGAAAUUGACAGUUCCGUAGUUCAAAAAACGUAUUUAGGAAAAUAUUUGCCUCUGUGCUUAUGAAACAUAACUUUUUAUAUUGUCAAAUGGAUGAUCUUGGAAAUAUUAAUAAAAACGUAACUUUUGCAAA